AUGAUCAACGCCGUCCUGGUCUUCAACAAUGCGGGACAGCCGCGGCUAACAAAAUUCUACACCCAGCUGGAGACCAGCGUCCAGCAACGCCUCAUCUCCGAAAUCUUCACCCUCGUCGCCAAUCGUCCUAAUUCAGCAUGCAACUUCUUGCCCCUUCCUCCGCUCCUCGCCAGCAGCUCCAAAUCCUCGACUCCUAGCACCCCGCACAACGACACGCCCUCGCUCGUGACCUACCGCCACUACGCGACCUUGUACUUUAUCGUCAUUUCCACUUCUACUGAGUCGCCCCUCGCCCUUCUUGACCUUAUUCAAGUCUUCGUACAGGCACUUGAUGGCCUCUUUGAGAAUGUAUGCGAACUGGACCUCAUCUUUAAUUUCGAGACACUGCACGCCACACUGGGCGAAAUGAUUGUCGGUGGCGUGGUCGUCGAGACACAGCUUGACAAGGUCAUACACGCAGUCAGAGCCCAAGGCAGAGUCGCCAAAAGACCAGUAAAUGAAGGAAAGAAUCUAGGCGGUGGGGGCGGCGGUGGCGUUAUGGGCGGUCUCACAUUCGCUGGGCUGGGGCGGGGAGAUGGUAUUUGGGCUGGACGUUGA